AUGUUGCGUACAUCUUAUUGGAGACGAAACAGUAUUGUAGCAUUGACGCCUUCCUGUUGGAAUGAAAUUCCUGCUGGAUGGUUCCUCGUUCCAAGCUCUGCCGUACCGCAAGGAGAAGAGUUGCGGGUCUCGAAGCUUUUUGAUUUCCUAAAUCAUGGGGCACAGUAUUUGUUUUUUGGAAAAGUAAUGGCCCUCGCCGAUGAGCUGCAAUGUAUUCCCCGGGUUGAUUGGUUUUUUACCGAGCUAUAUUUCACACUGCCUCCCACACCUCAGGCAGGAAUUCUCGCUAGUUACAUGAAUGAUGAAGAGCGCCUGCGAUGCGGUUUGCGAAACCAUUCGAAGGGCGGGACGAGUACGUCUUCAUUUCGAUGGAGCCUGGAACUCGAAAAGCGCGUCAAUGAGCGUGCUAAGGGGGACUUCUGCUGGCUCCUUACUGAGGACCAGAACAAGACGCAGAAGUUCCUGCAAGAAACCUAUUUACAGUGGCACAAUCGCGCAGACUACCUUGUCUCACGCAUGAGCCGUGAGAAGAAGGAGUUCCGCCCGGACCUUACGCUUCAGCAGGUCAUUCAACAGGGCCAAGAGCGGAAACGUCGCAUGCAGCGACGUCGUAUGAUGGCCGAGACCAAGGAGGAAAACAUUCGAACUGGCAAAGCGAGUGAGUGGGAUAACUUUACAUUUGACGUACUUCCACGAGACUUGCGUGAGGCGCUCGAUCGUGAGAGCGACGGGAUGGAGGACGUGCGCAUGUCUCGUGUCGGCUCGGCUACGGGUGGGUGGAGUAAGAGUUUUCGUUCGAAUCCUAACAUUAGGUAG